AUGGCCGAGAACGGUAAAUUUUCGAUGAACUUUCCCAUCCCACACCGUUAUUUUGCUUACUAUUUAUAUCAACUCUGCUCUCCGUAAUGUUUAAUCAUUUUUUAGCUCCAAAAAUAGUCCUGGAGAAAGGAAAGAAGGAGAUCAAUUUGGCCGGCAAGACCUUUUUGGAGGACUUUUAUGAGCAGCCUGGAAAUGAGCCGCAAUACGAGUUGGAGAAGCUGACAUUAUCCGUGUCUUUUGAGAAUGGAUCAGUCGAGAGGGCGUGGCAAUUUUAUACAAGGGCCGUUACAAAUCUCAAAAUGUCCGCACCGUCGUUGAAAGUGAUUGCUUUGGAUGGCGGAUAUGUCUUUAACCCGGAGGCUGAUGCAAGUUUAUUUUUUAGACUAUGUUUGGAAGGAGCCUGAAAGAUUGAAAAACAGUGAGCUUAUUGUAAAAAUCGGGCUGUUUCGGGCCAAAAAGAUGCCUUUUAUUUGGAAGACAAGAACUCAACGGGCAAACCGAUUUCAUCCUUACUAUUUUGUACCCGGAGAGUAUAAAAAAUGUAGCAAGAUACUUUCCUCUUCAACUACAAAAACUCCAGUAUACAAGGCACAAAAAAAGCGGGCGCGCUUUUGAAAUUGAGCUCUUUCACAUGGAGAGGGAGCUAUUUUGCUACAUUUGUGAUACCUUUCAGAUGCAAAAUUGUGUGUUUUUUGCCAUGGGAUCGGGCCCGCCACUGUAAUAAUAAUUUGAGUCAAAUUCGCUGUCCCCAGCCGAAUUUUGGGCUUUUUUCGAGUUCCUAUCACCGUAAUCUUCUCCCCAAAAUAUUGAACGAUCUUGAAGCCGAGAGACCAUGGAAAAUGACUGGAAACAAAGCGAGAAAGAAAAGUAAAAAAGGGGUGUUUCAAGCUUUAAUUUUUUGUGGAAACCUUGUACGUAUGAUGUACAUAUUUAUUCCGUAUUAUAAAAUUACUCCUCAUUUCUGUCCAAACCCAAUUUUCCCUAAACUUUCUCAAUAUUUUCGAGAUUGUUUCGAAUCUUUGCCAUCUUUUGCAAACGCUGUUGAUCGGAAGAUGUUGCGGUGAGCACCUGCAAAUGACUCAUUUCAAGAUUGUUUGUAAAUAGGGCCGAUAAUCAAACGAAAAUUUGUUUUUCAUAAGUUCAAAAUAAUGCAAGAUACCAAAUGUCUGGAAUUCUCUGAAACCAGGCAGUUGUAAAUUAUCAUCUUACACUGUCGGCUAUGGCGUUGAGCGCUGCUUUAUUACGUUCGCCAUGGUUUCUACAGGUACCCUGUAAAAACUUUAGCAGUAAAAAAUUUUGUAUCAAGUCACUUCUAAGAAAACUGAAAAACUUAUUUCAGACCACGUCAAAGUUUGAAGAAGAGAUUUAUCAUCUCAGGGAACACUUGAAUCUGCUUGUAAAGACGUUAAAAAACGCUGGAAUCAAAGUCGAACCCAUCAGAUUUGUCGCAAUUUACACUUUCCAGGAAAUUGUAAGUUCACCACGUUCAUAAAUCAAUGCAAACGUUAAUUUUAAGAAAGAUAAGAAGUCAUUUCAGAGUAUCCACACAGCUCCAACGGUCUUCAGGAAUGUCUUCAACGUUGAGUUGGAUCCGAAACAAGUGGAAGACAAAAUCGUCGACUUCAAAUAUUUUGUUGAUGAUGUUGAAGUAAAGCUGAAGCUUUCAUUGAGCAUCACUCUUCUCAAGGCCAGUGAGAGAGAUCGCUCCAGAUUUUACGAUGCUGAAGUCUCUAUUUUCCAAUAAUACUACGAGCGAAAAUUUGCCAUGAAAAUUACUUUUUGGAAUAAACCCGGUAUUUCUUUCAAGAAUCGGGGGUCUCUUUCCAAGGAAACCGAGAAUUUACUGUAGAAAAUGUUUCGGUUGAACUUUUGUUCUGUUGUAAUUUUUAGCGAAUCCUAAGUGUAAAAAACUGAAGUCGACAAAAAAAAUUCACCUGGUCUUUAAGAGGUACGUUACGUCGCCGGCAAAAAAAAGUCAAAUGACAAUCGUAUUGCCAUGACAAAUUUUUGUAAGUUUAUGUAAUGGAUUUUACGCCUUUCCGUACAUACCGUUAAUUCCCGUGAAAAUUGUAAAUGUUUGAUAUGAGAAAGCGUUGAUUCUCUUUGUCAUGGGUGUCCUAAUUGAGGAGACUGCUUUGCUAUCAGACGAUUUUCUUGGUUUUUACAACGUAUUUCGACAAAUCGCCACGAUUGUGUCCUUUAUAUCGGUCGCAUUUACUGCUUUCAUCAUUUUGAAAGGUAGCUCGGUAAUCCUAGACAUACGUUUCAACGCCUUGCAACGGCUAAACAUUCAAAAUUUAGUCUCCACACGUGCUCUCACAAUCUAUCGAUGGUUUCUUCUUGCCGACCUGUUCUGUGCGUUAGCUUAUGAUAUCUUGGCAGAUGCCAUGGGACUGGUGUCACUGCUCCCUGUUCCUUGCCUCUACACUACCACUUGGUUCAAAUAUUUUGGCUACAACUUCCAGAUGACAUGCCUGAUCUUACAAGGCCUACUCUUACUUAUUUGGGCGUUAACGACCACGUUCUUGCUGUUGUAUCGAUUCUUUAUGGCGCUACCGCGAAAUUCAGUGUUUCAAGCGGUAAAUUUUACGAAUUGCAGGCCGAUGAGUCAAGUGUUUUCGCUUGGACUGUUCUCCGCCGGAAUUAUUGGCAUAUGUGGGGUGAGUUUAUUAUACAGGGUGUUCCUAGAAUUAUGGAAAAAACUAUUCAUUAAUAACUUUGUGCUCGGUGGUCCAAUCCGAAAAUUUUCUUUUGCAUUUUACAGGAAAACAUUUGAGUUUUUAGAAUCAAAAAAAAAAUUUUUUCUUUGAUCGGCGGAGACUUCGGUAAUCCUCCUUGGAUUCGGCGGAGUGUUUUUUUCACAAAUGAGGCUGUAAAUUGUUGUAUGUAUGAAGAAAAUGGGCGGGAAAGGAUUCAGAGGAUACAAUAUGACAUUUAUUUCAAAUUUUUGUCAUUCGGCGGAGGCAUUUUUUAACCUUGGCGGACGAUUUUUCUUCGACUUUGGUUAGUCAAAAUUGGCCAAAACCAAAACUUACGGUAUUCCUGGUGGCAUGGCGCCUAAAUACGACUUGUUAUGCCUUCGGCUCACUGGGAGAAUAAAAAAAAGCAAUUCGGCGGAGAAAAAAAUUAACCCAUUUUCACAGCCUCGUUUGUGAAAGAAGGACUCCGCCGAAUUCAAGGCGGAUUACAGAAGCCUCCGCCGCUUAAACGAAAAAUUUUUUUUUUGAUUCUAAAAACUCCAAGGUUUUUCUGCAAAAUGCAAAAAAAAUUUUUCGGAUUGGACCAUCGAGCACAAAGUUAUUAACGAAUAGUUUUUUCCAUAAUUCUCGGAACACCCUGUACAUGGGAAGUGCUCGCUGGGCGAUGCAGUUAAUCGCACUCAUUAUUUUUUUGAUAAACUGAUAGCUAGAAUGGCCAUACAAGGCUAUUCUCUACCCUGACCGCGAUUUUAUUAUACAUAUUUUUGCGGUUGGUACAGCUGUAGCUUCGCUUGGAGUUGCAGUCUAAAUCUAGAUUUUCCAGGGACCGAUUCUCUACCAUCUCCCCAAUCAAGACCAAUUCCACCAAUACCUCCGUACGAUUGAUCCAGUGAUGGACAAGGUUUUGGCCCAGUAUCCAAACACCUUCUGUAUCUCGAACACCCUCGAUCUAAAGGCAGCUCUCCUUGCAGCCAUGAUAUUUCUCUGCUUUUGCCCAUUCGGAGCGCUCUUUGUCCUGGCAAUGGCCUUUUAUUAUAUCCGAGCAAGGCGUCUAGAGGUCUCCUCAUCCACCUACAAGCUUCAAGUCAUGCUCUUCACUUCGUUGUCAACUCAUAUGUUCUGCACCUUCGUCUUUAUUAUUUUUCCAAACAUUUUCUUCUUUGCCUUUCCGACUUUUGGAUUCCGCAACAAGCCUGCUCAGAGCACGGUUGCUUUUAUGUUCUCCAUGUCGCAUUCUCCGUUCAAUUGCUUUAUGAUAAUCUAUUUUAUUAAGCCAUACAGAGAUUACUUCCAUAGAGCUUUUUUGAGAGAGAUUUCGUCAAAAUCAUUGUUUGUCUCAACAGAUACGACGUAUGUUCAGGAGUGGAGAAGUUCUAGAAGUGAGACCUUUUACAAGGGCGUGAUCCGAACUUCCCAUUGCGUGUGGCGCAAAAUAUGUAAAACGUAAUGAAAGUUAAGAAGCUAACAUUCAUGUGUCACGUUUUCAAUGAAAGAAAUCGACAUGAAUGAAACCUUUCUUAUAGAAACAAAAAAAACUGUAAUUAAUCUUAAUGAAUGUAAUAUGGGGGUGCUGUUGAACGUUAUUGAGCUGCCAUCUGAAAAUAACAUUAUGGCGGUUGGAGUGUUUGUAAGUGCCGGCUUUUUGAAAUCCGUCAUGAUUUUUUGUUUCGUGAGUAAUUUGAAAGACUGCAAAUACAACGAUUUAAGAUAAACAUUACGCAUAUACGACAUCUCAACUUUUCUAUAACACUUUCAGUGUGCUGUUGACAUUGUAAAGCUAAAUCAAGCCGAAAUUAAGAGCCAGCCGUCCGCCCUAGAUCCAGCCGUAAGCGCUUAUAUACUCAAUGUAUGCUUUUAAUUGUUCUUGCUCCACACCCCGAUUGAUUGCUUGCUGAUCCUCUACUUUAUCGAUUUGUGCUGCUCAUGGGCGUACUUCUUGAUGAAUCUUCUAUGCUAUCCGCAGAUUUUCUAAAAUAUUACGAGACUUAUCGACACAUAACGUUUCAUUGUUGUCGGUUUCAUUUACUGUUUUUGGUAAAGAAUCUCAGAAAGCUUGACGAGCGUCUAGGCAUAAUGUUAACGUUGAGAUACACGGUAAAGAGAAUAUAGAUUUCCUAUUACAAUAUAUUAUCCAUCAUUAUCAAGUCCAAAUCCGAAAAAAAACGAAUUAUGAUUAUUUUAUGCAAUCCAAAAGAACAAUUUACCAAAGAGAGAUAAAUUCGUUUAAAAAUAUAUUACAGAAACAAUUCGAAAAUUAAUAUAGUAUUAUAUCGUAUCAAUCAUGACAAUAUCGGAAUAUAUAAUAUGGUAAAUUACAAUUCAAAGUCUUUUUGUAAUAGUAUUUCGGAAUAAAUUUUCUUCUCUUAUUCUUUAUGAUAUAAGGUAAUACAUAUAAAAAUUAUAGGACUCUAGGUUUCAUUGGGCAUCGUCAUAGGCCACAGUAGGGAAAAAGCACUCCCCUAAAGCCAAACACGUUUGGCCCCAGUGUCUACACCACUUUUUGUGGUGUAGGCCCCAUGGUCUGGAUUACUGUCCGAGCCAGGGAUGUCAAGGAGGGUCUAUCCCCACCUAUCUUGGGAGGUUUCCCGUCGGUUCAAGCGGCGGACUUCUCGUUUCGGCCGGUAUUGCCGCCUAG